GACUCGGACCUCAGAGCCGAGGCUUCUGGGGCAGAUUGUAGCGGCACCUCUUGCCAGUUGCCAGGCAGAAACCAAAAUCGGCAAGCCCCAAAAGUGGUCACGGGUUUCCGCGUCAUUUGUUGAUUCGCGCCAACGCGUCAAUGACCCGCGGUUUUCCCUCAGUCAACAAAGUCAAACCGAGUGUGAUUUCACAGAUUCACAACCCGUCUCAAACAACACAAUUGCCAACACACGCAACGAACCCGCACCAUUAUCUGAACUCGGAAUUUCAUAAUGGCCGCGCAAGAGGAGUAUUACGACGAUCCAGCCAAUGGCGAGGAUGGCGGACAGACAGGGCCUGGCGCGCCGACGCCCCUCGCGAAGCUGGAGGGCAUUGCCGGAAUUACCAAGCGCGACAUUCAAAAUAUCGUCGCGGCGGGCUUCAAUACCGUCGAAUCUGUCGCCUAUACACCACAGAGAGUGCUCGAGCAGAUCAAUGGUAUUUCAGCGCAAAAGGCAGGCAAAUUGCUUGCCGAGGCCUCCAAACUCGUCCCCAUGGGCUUCACCACAGCGACCGAGAUGCACCAGCGCCGCAGCGAGUUGAUCUCGAUCACUACCGGCUCGAAGAACCUCGACACCCUCCUCGCAGGCGGCAUCGAGACUGGCAGCGUGACCGAGCUAUUUGGCGAGUUCCGGACAGGGAAAUCGCAGAUCUGCCACACAUUAGCCGUGACCUGCCAGCUCCCGUUCGAUAUGGGCGGUGGCGAGGGGAAAUGCCUGUAUAUCGACACAGAGGGCACCUUCCGUCCCGUCCGACUCCUCGCAGUUGCCAACCGUUACGGUCUUUCGGGCGAAGAAGUCCUCGACAAUGUUGCCUAUGCGCGUGCUUACAACUCAGAUCACCAGCUGCAACUGUUGAAUCAGGCGGCGGCCAUGAUGUGCGAAACUCGCUUCAGCUUGCUGAUCGUCGACUCGGCCACCUCUCUGUACAGGACGGAUUUCCUGGGUCGCGGUGAGCUGAGCUCGAGACAGACUCAUCUCGCCAAGUUCCUCCGCACGCUCCAGCGCCUGGCCGAUGAGUUUGGCAUUGCCGUUGUCAUCACGAACCAGGUGGUGGCCCAGGUCGACGGUGGGCCGUCUGCCAUGUUCAACCCGGAUCCCAAGAAGCCAAUUGGUGGCAACAUCAUCGCUCACGCCAGCACCACAAGGAUUAGCCUGAAGAAAGGCAGAGGUGAAACGAGAAUAGCAAAGAUAUACGACAGUCCUUGCUUGCCGGAAAGCGAUUGUCUGUUUGCCAUCAACGAAGACGGUAUUGGGGACCCGGCCCCGAAGGACAUGGAGAAGGAGUAGAAGACUGGGACCAAGUUCGAGUUGCACCCACUGGUUAUUUAUAGCAUGAUGCAUGUAUGGCGAAUGAUCUGGCUUAGAGGGAUGAUGCAGUAGAAACGGACCUUGUGCUUCGACUUGGGCGUAUGAGCUAGGCAUACAUGGGGGGACUGGCGUUAUAUGAAGUAAUGGCUGUUUUACGUGGCAAAAACACUGACCGUAUCAGCGCACUCAAUUCCUGUGAAGUCUUUCUUUUAGAAUCGAAAUGCACCUGCUGCAAGGUCCCGUCAAUUGUUUGACCGUUGACGAUGGUUGCUUGUGGAUGAGCGGGCUCCACCAAGC